GUUCAACCAGUUCAGUUAGCAGCGACUACAAGCUCUCUCUUUUGACCUCUAACUUAUAAUGAAAUGAGUUCCAAAAGCUAGCAGACAAUGUUAAACAACCUAUUCUUGAUAACAUUUUAUCAAAAAGCAACUUUAAAAUCAGGAGGGACAUCGUUUCUGACCUAGCUGUAGCAGCAGCAGCAGGGUCCGUUACCAUAGUUACCCCAGAGAGAGGGCGAGACUGAUCACGUGACGCAGCAAGAUGGCGGCCACAAAGUAGAAUGGAUGUGAAUGAUUUAAACUAAGCUGGUCCGCUUUUAUCAGGAUAUCUGGAUCUGCUUGUUAAUUGUUCAUCUUCAUCAUAUCAGAGAAUCAAGAUGGCCUUAAAUGUCUUUGAUCAUGAUGAAUACCGACCACCAGUGUGGAAAUCUUACUUGUACCAGCUCCAGCAGGAGGCGCCACAUCCCCGCAGACUCACCUGCACUUGUGAGGUGAACAAUCGACCUAAAUACUAUGGAAGAGAGUUUCACGGCAUGAUCUCCAGAGAAGAGGCCGACCAGUUGCUGAGUCAGGCUGAAGGCAGCUACCUCAUCAGGGAGAGCCAGAGACAGCCGGGCACGUACACACUGGCACUAAGGUUCGGGAACCAGACAAAAAACUUCCGUCUUUACCAUGACGGGAAACAUUUUGUGGGAGAGAAGAGGUUCGAGUCCAUCCACGACCUGGUCACAGACGGCCUCAUCACACUCUACAUUGAGACAAAGGCGGCGGAGUACAUAGCAAAGAUGACCAUAAACCCGAUCUAUGAACACGUGGGCUACACCACCCUGAACCAGGAGCCCACUCUGAAGAAGCACCUGCCGUUGAGCCCCGAGGCUCCGGAUGGACCUGCUCUGGCCAAAGAUGACCAGAACUCUGAGGAGAGGCUCACAUCCCUGGUGCGGCGGGCCACCCUGAGGGAGAGCGACUUAGCGCCCAAGUACGAGAAGGUCCACAACUUCAAGGUGCACACAUUCAGGGGCCCUCACUGGUGUGAGUACUGCGCCAACUUUAUGUGGGGCCUCAUUGCUCAGGGAGUCAAGUGUGCAGAUUGCGGGUUGAACGUCCACAAGCAGUGCUCCAAAGUGGUGCCCAACGACUGCCAGCCGGACUUACGGCACGUCAAGAAGGUGUACAGCUGCGACCUGACCACGCUGGUCAAAGCCCACAACACCAAGAGGCCCAUGGUGGUCGACAUGUGCAUCCAGGAAAUCGAGGCUCGAGGUCUUCAGUCUGAGGGUUUGUACAGAAUAUCAGGCUUCAGUGAGCUGAUUGAAGACGUCAAGCUGGCAUUCGACAGAGAUGGCGAAAAGGCGGAUAUCUCCUCAAAUGCGUACGAGGACCUCAACAUCAUCACCGGAGCCCUCAAGCUCUACUUCAGAGAGCUGCCUAUCCCUCUCAUCACAUACGACGCACACCCACGCUUCAUAGAGACAGCAAAGAUAUCAGACCCAGAGAAGCGGCUUGAGGCUCUACAUGAAGCUCUGAAGCUGCUGCCGCCUGCUCACUUAGAGACUCUGCGAUACCUCAUGGCUCACCUGAAGAGAGUGACCCAGUGUGAGAAGGAGAACCUCAUGACCAGCGAGAACCUGGGCAUCGUCUUCGGCCCGACGCUGAUGAGGGCCCCUGAGCUGGACGCCAUGACGGCACUCAAUGACAUCCGCUACCAGAGAGUAGUGGUGGAAACGCUCAUCACCAACGAGGACGUGUUGUUCUGAGAGAUUUAUUACUCUGACCUCCUGAGAAAAAAACAAACUGAAGAAGAAGAAGUGACUUUUACUGGAAAAUGAAGAAGAAACGACCCGGGAACUUUACAUGACGUGGUUUUGUGAGGAGCGGAUGGAAUGAUAUUGAAGAAAACGACUACUUACAUAGAGACAAAGAGGAAUAAUGCAGUGUUUCCAUACUUUUACAUGUUAAAGGUUUGCAAAGCUUUCAUCAAACUUUAGCUAAACACUCAGUUAAACGAACAAAGCGUCUUCUCUCGUCUUUGUUCUCAGAUUUGGAACAUCUUUCUUGAUUUGGAAACACUGCAUUAUCCAUCCAUUUGUUGUCUCUUUCUUAAAAAGGAUGCCUUGACAAUUUAACCUUGUUUUCUGCUCAGCUACCUUCAAAGUAUCUAGGGUUACCAUUUCACUCUGCUAGCUUACAGCAAGUGUCAACGGUUUCAGUGAAAAGUGCUGCUUUCUGAUCAACGUUUUCCUCAAGUUUUUAUGUUUAAGAGAUUAUUUUUCUUUGACUUUUUGUUCUGUAGCAUCAAGGUAUCCUUUGACUCCUCCUCAAAAGAAGAAGAAGAAGAAGAAGCACUGACUUCCACAGCAGCAGUAGACAGCUGGAUGAAUGAAUGAAUGGAAACAGUGAAUCACUCAUUCCUCUGAAUGGAACUUAAGUGACUUGGACCUAUUGUGUUAUCAUUCCUCUUUGAAGAACUCUUUACGUCACAGCUCCCUCAUUUUUUAAUUGCUUAAUUGUAAACAUAACCUCUUACAUUUUGUAACAUCAAAUAAUUACAUCUUUAAAAUAACAUCCAAUAAUGGAACUGAAGGAGCUGUGAAUUAAACGGUUUAACAUGUUUUUUUUCUCCUACAGUGUCCUCUCCUUUCUCUGCCUGCCUGCUUUGGAAAAAUAUCAAUUCAAAGGGAAAGUUUGACAAAAUUUCUGCUGUAAAAUUGAACCAUUGUCUUUGCUUUGCUCCUUUAUUUAAAGAACAUCUACAGCUUAAAUAUUUAAAGCUCCUGCAAGGUCUUUGGAACUGGUUUUGGAACUUUGACAGACCAGUAAAAGGAAACACAACUUUCUGUGUACAGGAGCAAAAUCAGCAUAGAUUUGAGGAUAAGAGAUUUAACUUUUGUCCACAGGGCUUUAAUAUUUAACACUUGGAUUGAAUAAGAAACACAAUGGCAGGUAGAGAAAUGAGAAACACGUCUUCAUAAGUGACUUGAACAUGAAUAUGUGAAAUGGUGCUUGUAUUUUGCUUUUCUAUAUAUUUUUGUAUUUCUUCACAGCAAUGUUAACAGGCGGAUUUUGUGCUAAAAAGUAACACUAAUUGAGUUUAAUGGCUUGUCUUGAUGCUACUCAGUGAUAACUUCACUGCCUGUCAAACACUAUUAUUAAUAUUAAUUAGGAUUGAAUGUGAAUUCUCCCUAAAAAGUAAAACAAAAUCAUGUAUAAGUAACAUCAGUGCUUCUCUCUAAACCUCUUUGUACAUUUUGUUUUCUUACACUUUGCUGUCACUGUUCACCUUAACAUAUCCAUCUCCAGCCAUUUCAUCUAACUGUGAAAAUCUGAGUAAUAAUAAUGCUUACAUACUAACAAAGAAGGCCAGUUUGAGUUAUGUUUUUCUACUUUUUGUUUAACUUCCUCAGACUUUGUCUUAACAGAAGUGAUACAGUGUGCUUCUUGCAGAUAUGUGAGCAUCACACUCUGGCUGAACGUCACAUUGAGAAGUUUCAGCCACUAUCUGAUGCUAUGAAAGCAGUAUUAAUCUUGCAAUGUUGCCAAUCAUGAGAAAUAUGAAGGAGUGUGUUAACCAGGAUUUGUCUUUUUUUAACUAGUGCCAUUUAAAAAGGGUGGAGGUGUCGAGUUAAUGCCUUCUGCAUGUACACACACCACCUCCGCUAACACACCAUCAUCCCCCUCUUCAUCUUUAAACCCCCAUUUCUGUCGGGGGGGUGAUUAUUUGACGUGUUUUACGUAGCUAAAGAAGAGUCAUAGGGUUGUAAAAAUCUAAAUGGAUGUACCAUAAAAGUAACAUCAGCUUUUUCUAACGUUUUAUCAUGUUUCUACUUUACAUGUGUUCUUAUUUUGCCUUUUUUUAUGUUGACAUGAAGUCGUUUAUUCCUCCCUGUUGAUCUAACGUACUAACUCCAAUGAGACUAACUUGGUGAAAACCUUUGAGCCUUCAGUGAUCUGUGACACUUGCUUUUUUUUUUGCAUCAUGAAAUGUCAGUUUUUAAUACUCUUGUCAUUGCUGUACAGUAUUUUCUAUAUGAUUUAUGCAUGGGGACAUUAAAUUAUUAAACAUGGCUCAGUUGG